AUUACGUCAUAUCCGGCGCCAGGGCGCGCGAUUGCGGAAGGGGCUGCACAGUUGUGGCGGCGGCCUUUGCGUUGGUGAUUAGUGUACCGUUCCUGCCGGAGAGGCGGAUUUCACGGCAGCAUCAUGGUCGAGGAGGUACAGAAACAUUCUGUGCACACACUUGUGUUCAGGUCAUUGAAGAGGACCCAUGACAUGUUUGUAGCUGAUAAUGGAAAACCUGUGCCUUUGGAUGAAGAGAGUCACAAACGAAAGAUGGGAAUCAAGCUUCGUAAUGAGUAUGGCCCUGUGUUGCAUAUGCCUACUUCAAAAGAAAAUUUUAAAGAGAAGGCCCUUCAAAAUGCAGCAGAUUCAUAUGGCAACAAACAAUAUCCUGCCAAUCAAGGACAAGAAGUUGAGUAUUUGGUGACAGGUACACAUCCAUACCCACCAGGACCUGGGGUCGCUUUGACAGCAGAUACGAAGAUUCAGAGAAUGCCAAGUGAAUCAGCUGCACAGUCUUUAGCUGUAGCAUUACCUUCUUCUCAGGCCAGGGUUGAUGCAAAUCGCACUGCCCCUGGUGGAAGUGAAUACCGACAUCCUGGGGCCUCUGACCGGUCACAGGCUCCAGCGAUGACUUCAGUUGUUAUGGAGUCUAGCAAUGCCAAGAACUCUGCACUAAUGGCCAAAAAAGCCCCUACAAUGCCAAAACCCCAGUGGCACCCACCUUGGAAACUCUACAGGGUCAUCAGUGGGCAUCUUGGCUGGGUUCGAUGCAUUGCUGUGGAACCUGGGAAUCAGUGGUUUGUUACUGGAUCUGCUGACAGAACUAUAAAGAUCUGGGAUUUGGCUAGUGGCAAAUUAAAACUGUCAUUGACGGGGCAUAUCAGUACAGUGCGAGGUGUGAUCGUAAGCACAAGGAGCCCAUACCUGUUCUCUUGUGGAGAAGACAAACAAGUAAAAUGCUGGGAUCUUGAAUAUAAUAAGGUUAUAAGACACUAUCACGGCCAUCUAAGUGCUGUGUAUGGUUUGGAUUUGCACCCAACAAUAGAUGUGCUGGUAACCUGUAGUCGAGAUUCAACGGCACGGAUUUGGGAUGUGAGAACUAAAGCCAGUGUGCACACCCUAUCUGGACAUACCAACGCGGUUGCCACAGUGAGGUGUCAGGCUGCAGAACCACAGAUUAUUACUGGAAGCCAUGACACUACAAUACGAUUAUGGGACUUGGUGGCUGGAAAAACAAGAGUCACGCUAACAAAUCACAAAAAAUCAGUCAGGGCUGUGGUUUUACAUCCAAGACAUUACACGUUUGCAUCUGGUUCUCCAGAUAACAUAAAACAGUGGAAAUUCCCUGAUGGAAGUUUUAUUCAAAAUCUUUCUGGUCAUAAUGCUAUUAUUAACACAUUGACGGUGAAUUCUGAUGGAGUGCUGGUAUCUGGAGCUGACAAUGGCACUAUGCAUCUUUGGGACUGGAGAACAGGCUACAAUUUCCAGAGAGUUCAUGCGGCUGUGCAGCCUGGGUCUUUGGACAGUGAAUCAGGAAUAUUUGCUUGUGCUUUUGAUCAGUCUGAAAGUCGACUACUAACAGCUGAGGCUGACAAAACCAUUAAAGUGUACAGAGAGGAUGAUACAGCGACAGAAGAAACUCAUCCAGUCAGCUGGAAGCCAGAAAUUAUCAAGAGAAAGAGAUUUUAACGCAGCAUUGUCUUCAUGGUGGUCCUGCCUUUUUUUCCCCCCUUACCUUGGCUUUGAUGAGGAUAUCCAGUGAUUGUGUGCUCUGGCUAGGAAUAGAAAGCAGAAACUCACUUGCUGCUUCAUCACGUUUUACAAUAAACUGUUCCCUGCCCUCCCCUCCCCCAGUGUUUUUAUUUCUAAAAUAAGCAGUUUUCGAUCCUAGGAAGUAAGAUGCAGAUACCAAGCAUUUGCAGGCCCAUUGAACAUAACUGUUUUAAAGAUAAAAAAAAAAAAAAUUCAGUUUUAUCAGGAGACACUUUUUUGUUUCUAAUUAAGAGAAGUGCUCACUAUGUUAUAAUGGGACAUGUUUUGAGGGGAGCAGAAGUUUAAAAAAAUUUUUUUAAACUAAUACCCAUGUGGUGAUUUGGAAUUUGAAGAUUUGAAAUCUUUGUUCUACAAACAGUAUUUGAGUGCAUACUGUUCAGGAAAUAGAUGCGGUCUGUCCUCCAAGAUAGCCAGUUUAGUAUCUUAUUAUAACAACAACAAAAAAAACAAACCCAUUGCCGUCGAGUUGAUUCCAACUCUUUAGCGCCCUAUAGGACAGAGUAGAACUGCCCCGUAGGGUUUCCAAGGAGCAGCCGGUGGAUUUGAGCUGUGGACCUUUUGGUUAGCAGCCAAGCUGUUAACCACUGUGCCCCUAGGGCUCCAGCUUAUUACAGACAGGCUGUAAUAGAAGUGCACAUGAAAUACCGGUGGAGCGCAGGAGCAAAAACCAUUAAUUUUUUACAGGGAGGAUUGUGGAAGGCUUCCCAGGGUAAGUGGCCUUUGAGAUGAGCCUGGCAGUGAAGGAGGGCACAGAAAAAAGAUUAUUCUGAGAUGAGGAAUAAAACCAGAGAUGGGAGAGUGUGUGGUGUGUUCUAGAAGCAAAGAAUUGUCUGCUCUAGUUGAGUAAUGGAGAAUAAAACUGGGUAGUGGUGGGAAAAAUGCAAACUUUGAAUUUGGACUUUAUGCCACAAACAGGAUGCUAACGUAGGUGUCGAAACUUAGGGAAACUGACUCUGGAGAUAACAUUGGAGGCAUUUGAAUAUGUACCGAGGGCUACGAUUUCUUGUGGAGAUUUUAUUGAAAAGCAUUACUUCAAUUUCUAAUACCCCUCCAGAUAAAUACUUUGCCCUUGGGGUCCUGAUGCCACAUCAUUCAAGAUUUUGUCACGCUUCAUUUUCUAUAGUUAAACAGUUAUAAGAACAGUUUUUAAAUUUUCAGAAUUAAGGUGCACCAUGAUUUUGAAAAAGCAUUUAUGAUUUUGAAAAAGCAUUUCCAAAUAGACAUAUCCCAUCUUGCAUGCUGUAGGUGGGAAUGUAAUUGUUAAAACUCUUCAGAGUAGUUUUACGGGGUUUACUGAAAAUGCUUGAGCCGUAGGAGACAGACUUCUAGGAAACUGCCCACUGGGAAUAAUCUGGCACCUUUGUGUUUUGAUAAUUACAAAUAGCCCGGAUGUCCCAUCAACCGAAAUUGAUUUAAUAGUUUUAUAGUAAAUUCAUACAGUUUAUGUAUCCAUGAAGAGGAUGGGGAAUGCCUGGACUAUUGUGGCAAGCUGUCCAAACUUUACUGUUAUGUAAAAAAAAAAAAGUUGUAGAAGCAGUUUUGUAAAAUAACUUGUUAAUGCUCUAAAAAUCCUGGAGAAA